AUGUUUGUUUAUAAGAGAGAUGGACGAAAAGAACGAGUUGCUUUUGAUAAAAUAACAGCCAGAGUUUCUCGUUUGUGUUAUGGCUUAGACAUGGAACAUGUAGACGCAGCAUCGAUUACUAUGAAAGUUAUUUCUGGAGUAUAUCAAGGAGUAACAACAAUAGAGCUUGAUAACCUAGCAGCAGAAACAGCGGCUUAUAUGACUACAAAACAUCCCGAUUAUGCUAUUUUGGCAGCACGUAUUGCAGUAUCUAAUCUUCACAAGCAAACUAAAAAAGUAUUUUCUCAUGUUAUUUCGGAUUUAUAUCACUAUGUUAAUCCAAGAAAUAACAAGCCAUCCCCAAUGAUUUCUCUAAAAACAUAUGAAACAGUAAUGAGACAUGCCAAUGAACUAGACAGUGCAAUUAUCUACGAUCGUGAUUUUACAUAUAACUAUUUUGGAUUUAAAACAUUAGAGCGAAGUUAUCUUCUUCGUAUUAAUGGAAAGGUUGCAGAAAGACCCCAACAUAUGAUAAUGCGUGUUGCAGUUGGUAUCCAUGGUGAUGAUGUUGAAAAAGCUAUUGAAACAUAUAAUCUUAUGUCUGCAAAAUAUAUGACACAUGCUUCACCUACAUUAUUUAAUGCAGGAACUCCAAAUCCUCAACUUUCGUCCUGCUUCCUAGUAACUAUGAAAGAUGAUUCCAUUGAAGGAAUUUAUGAUACACUUAAAACAUGUGCCAUGAUUAGUAAAACAGCAGGAGGAAUUGGGCUCAAUGUUCAUUGUAUUCGUGCUACUGGGAGUUAUAUUGCGGGAACUAAUGGUACAUCUAAUGGUAUUAUUCCUAUGCUCAGGGUAUUCAACAAUACUGCUCGAUAUGUUGAUCAAGGUGGGAACAAGCGUCCUGGCGCCUUUGCUAUUUAUAUAGAACCAUGGCAUGCAGAUAUAUUUGAAUUCUUGGAUCUUCGUAAAAAUCACGGUAAAGAAGAAAUUCGAGCAAGAGAUCUUUUUUAUGGCUUAUGGAUACCUGACUUAUUUAUGAAACGAGUGGAAGCAAAUCAAGAUUGGAGCUUAUUUUGUCCGAACGAAGCCCCUGGUCUAGACGAUGUUUACGGAGAAGAGUUUGAGGUUUUAUAUGAAAAAUAUGAGCAAGAAAAACGAGCAACUCGAAUUGUUAAAGCACAGAAACUAUGGUAUGCAAUUCUGGAAGCACAGACAGAGACAGGUAAUCCUUUUAUGCUUUAUAAAGAUGCAUGCAAUCGUAAAUCGAAUCAGAAGAAUCUUGGGACUAUCAAAUGUUCUAAUUUAUGCACUGAAAUAAUCGAGUAUUCAUCUCCAGAUGAAGUAGCUGUUUGCAAUCUUGCAAGUAUUGCUUUACCAACUUUUAUUGACAAAGGCAUUUAUGAUUUUCAAAAGCUACAUGAUGUUACAAAAGUUGUAGCUAGAAAUUUAAAUAAGAUUAUUGAUGUUAAUUAUUAUCCUGUGGAAGAAGCUAGGAGGUCAAAUAAAAGACAUCGCCCGAUUGGCAUUGGUGUUCAAGGACUUGCUGAUGCCUUUUUAUCUCUUAGAAUGCCAUUUGACUCACCUCAUGCAAAAGAGCUUAACAUUAAAAUAUUUGAAACUAUAUAUCAUGCAGCUCUAGAAGCAUCAUGCGAAUUGGCACAAGAAGAAGGUCCAUAUGAAACCUACGAAGGAUCGCCAGCAUCCCAAGGUAUUUUGCAAUAUGAUAUGUGGAACGUAGUUCCUACAGAUUUAUGGGACUGGGAUAGUUUAAAAGUUAAUAUUGCACGAUAUGGCCUCCGUAACUCUCUUCUCGUAGCACCUAUGCCUACCGCAAGUACAUCUCAAAUCCUUGGUUUUAACGAGUGUUUUGAACCAUAUACCAGUAACAUAUAUUCUCGGCGUGUCCUUGCAGGAGAAUUUCAAGUAGUAAAUCCAUGGCUACUUAAGGAUUUAGUUGAUUUAGGAUUGUGGAAUGAUAUUAUGAAAAAUAGAAUUAUUGCAAAUAAUGGCUCUAUUCAAAAUAUACCUAGUAUUCCAGCAGAAAUUAAAGCGUUAUAUAAAACUGUAUGGGAGUUGUCUCAAAAGACUAUUAUCGACUAUGCAGCAGAUCGUGGCGCAUUUAUUGAUCAAAGCCAGAGUCUAAAUAUUCAUAUUCGUGACCCAUCAUUUGGAAAAAUUACUGGUAUGCAUUUUUGGGGCUGGAGAAAAGGUUUAAAAACUGGAAUGUACUAUCUUCGAACACAAGCAGCGAGUGCACCAAUUCAAUUUACUGUGGAUCGUAAGGCUCUUGAAGAAGUCGAUGAAACAGUUUUAAAAAAACGGCCAUCUACUUUAAAACACAUCGGUAUUAGUAUGAAUCCUUUGGUAGAAUCCUUAGAUGACAAAAAAACUAACUCCGAAGACACAAUAUCCAAUGAUCAAAAUACAAAACAAUUAGAUAAUAGUAACCUACAUAAAGAAAAUAGAAAAACAAACCAAUAUGAAGAAUUUGAAAAUAAUAUAUAUGAUGAUAAAAUAAUUGCUUGUUCUAUUGAAGACCCAGAAUCUUGCGAAAUGGUAUUACUUAAAUCUAAAUUCCUUCUACUAAUUUUGAAAGUGUUCUGCAUAAUUCUUCAUAAAAUAAUUUGCUUUCGUUCAACUUUAAAAUUUAAUACAGGUUGA